AUGCCGGUGACAAUCCAGGUUGCGUCUCAUCCCGCCAAGGGCGUCAAUGCCCGAAGGGGUAUUAUAGACGACGAGGCAAAGGAUACCGGGAUCGACUCGGCGUCGUCGCGCUUCCUGGAGAGCGUGCUCCGCGGCGGCGGCGCCGAGGUAAAGCGGGUGGGCCUGCUACAGUCGACGCUCGGCGACGACGAGGCCGCCUCGGUGUUUCCGUGCCAGAACGGGCUGGUGAACGCCUGCCUGGAAGCCUACAACCAACACCACCACCUGGUGCUGCGGCCCGACGACGUCUGGAUCGCCAUCAUCACGCAGUUUUCCUUCUACGUCAACGCACACGCCGAAGAGAUGCGCUCCUUCUUCGUCGCACACGAGGGCCAGAAGGAGCUGCUGGCCCGCGCGUGCCUGAGGGGGGGCAUCGAUUUCGCCCGCAUGACAGCCAAGAUGGCCGACCUGAUCCAGGACAACGUGCUCGACAAGGACCUGCAGGCCUGGAUCAUGCCGUCCUUCUCGACCACGACCGAGAUCGACGCCGUCGUGUGCAGCGCCAUCGUGAUGGGCGCCAUGAAGCACUACUUCAAAUACCGGUUCCAGGUUCUGUGCGGCAUCCCGUCCGUCACCCUCCUCGGCGACGUCGCCGACUGGGAAGCCAUCCUGGCGCGGCUCCCCAAGCUGGCCUCGUUCGGGCCGGCGCACCCCCACCUGGCCGAGUGGGCGUCCCUCGUGACGCCCGUGGUCCAGGGCAUGGUCGACACGUUUGGCGCGCCGCCGCCCGACUCCGAGUCUGCCGCGACCAGGAACUUUUGGUCGCGCAUCGCCCACUACUCGGGUGGCGGCAGCGGGCCGACAUACCUCUCAGGCUGGAUCACGGCCUUUUGCCUCUUCUCGUCGCGCGGCGCCUGGCAGGGCGGCCAGCGCGCGGACCCAGGACUCAUGUCCAGUUGGCGACACAACGACGAGGAGGAGCCCGCGCCAACGGCCGACCGGGGACCUGCAGCGGUGGCGUUCCCAUACAUCGACACCAAAGACGUUCCGGCGGCGUGGUGCGAGGUCAAUAGCGGGGAACAACACAAGAUCCCGGGGAGUCUGGAAGUGCACGCCGUGAUGGCGGCCGGGCUAACGGGCUUUUCGGCCUUUGUGCUGCGUCCCGGCGAAGAGGGAGCCGAGGGAGAUGACGAGGAGGUCAAAGACACUGUGCAGCCGUUUCCGGCCUGGUUCAUAUAUGUCAAGGAGUGGGAAGGCGGAAGCCAGGUAAUGAACCGUUUCUGCUAG